CUCUUUUUCACCAAUGAACUAUAACGAAAGUAUUAUAUAUUAAUUUUAAAGCAGUAAAUUAAUGUAUGUUAAUUAUCUAAUAACAUAUUGCACAUAAUUCGUCCUAGUCAGAGAAUAAUAAAAAUAACUUGUGUAUAUUUAGUGAGGAUUAUUAAACGUUACAAAGUAUUGACUAAUAGAUUAUUAAAGUAUAGUCGAUAUGAAUACAAAUAUAUUACCAAUAUAAAUUUUGUAACAUUAAGAUAUUAUUGUCUUAAAAAGUUUUCCACUUUCGCGUCCCUCUCUAAAAUACAUUUAUAAAGAUGGCUUUUAGAAGAAUGAAUGUAGUUUAAAAUUAAAAUGUUCAGUAUGUUUGACAACUGGUUAACGUUUAUAAAGAAUGCCAAAAACACGCGCAAUUAAUUGAAAACAUUUUCUUCUUUUCUUGAUAUUAAUCUGUACUAUUCAUGUCGUUUUUGACAAUGACAUUUUAGUCAUGUAGGUUCUAUAUUUGUACUUUAACUUAAAUUUUUCAAAAUAAUUGAAAGUAUACAAAUAAAGCCCACUAUAUACGUUUAAUUUUAUAUUUUGUUGGAAUUAUAUCAACACAAUGAGUCUAAUUAGAAAGGCCAGAACAUGGUGUAAUUUUGAUUUUGAAGAAAAUGCACCCCCAAAAAAAUUGAUUAAGAAUCCUAAACAAUAUGAAGAUACAUUAGAUGAGAAACGAAAUACACUAAAAGUGUCAGAAAAAUGUAACAAUGCAAUUAGUGUAAUUAAUAUAGAUCACAGAAAUUGGAUGAAAAAUUUUGAUCCUGUAGUAGUGGAAGAUUUGGCUAUUCACAAUAAAAAAAUUCAAGAAAUUGAAGAAUGGUUAAAAUGUAGUACUGGGAAAAAUCAAAGUGACAUACUACUUAUGACAGGUCCCGUGGGGUCUGGGAAAACUAUUACUGUUUAUACACUUGCAGCUAAACAUAACAUUAAAGUUACAGAAUGGAUUACACCUCUUGACAUUGAUUUGCUUUCUGAGUAUGGUGAUUAUGAAUUUAAAGAAAAACAAUCAACAAAGUUUCUAGAGUUUAUAAUAAAAGCUGCCAAUUUUACCUCAUUACUAGACAAUAAUGAUAGAAAAUUGGUAAUAGUUGAGGACUUUCCAAAUACUUUUUUGAGGACACCUUCAGAGUUCACAGAUGUUUUACAGCAGUAUAGACACAGAGCAAAAUCACCGAUAGUAUUUAUAUGUUCAGAAUCUCACUCAGACAACAAAAACACUGCUUUGAAUAUUUUUACAGCAAAUUUGAAAGAACAAUUUUGUAUACACCAUAUUGUAUUUAACAGUGUAUCAACAACAGGUCUAAAGUCUGCUUUAAAAAGAGUAUCAGAAAUAAUAAGUAAAAAACACAAGGCAAUAUAUAACAUCCCUUCUCCAGAUAUGAUAGAUUGUGUUGUGAAUUCUUCAGGUGGUGAUGUAAGAUCAGCAGUUUUAAAUUUACAUUUUGCAUGUCUAAAAGGGUCAAACAUGGAUUUAGAAACAAGUAUUGUAAUAGAAAAAGAGACUAAAAGUAAAACUAAAAAGAAAAAGCAAUCUAGUAAAUUUUUAUCACUUGGUAAAGACCAAACUGUAAACAUUUUACAUGGCGUUGGUAGAGUGCUGAAUCCAAAAGUGGUUAACACAGAAAAAGGCAAUCAAUUAACACACUCGCCAAAAGAUGUAAUAGAACAAUUUCUAAGUCAACCUUCAUCAUUUAUAAACUUUUUAGAAGAGAACUAUUUGCCUCAUUUCUCUUGUUCCGAUCACACUUGCAAAGCUGCAAUGGCGCUCAGUGAUGCAGACUAUAUGCUAGCUGAAUGGAAAGAAAAAAUGUGCCAAGAAUAUGGAUUGUAUACUGCAGUGGCUGGUGUAAUGCUAGCUAACAAAGCUCCCAUAUCAGCAUGGAAUCCAGUUCGCGGACCAAAGAAUAUGAAAAUUCAAUACCCAUCACCUCAGGAAUUACGACUCGAUAUUAAUUACCUAUACAAAGGGAAGGUGUUGGUUAUGGAUUAUCAGACAUACAGCAAAAUAAUUGGAACGAAAGAAUCGUUAGAACAGAACAAUAUCCUUAUAGAGUUUUAA